GAUUGUCUGAAAAUAAUCAGAAGAGAGCCAGCCUCCAGAGCUGAUCUUACCGAGCGUAUAGUGUUGGAAACUCCGAUGGAGGAGAGCUCGUCAUGAAGAGUGUGCACAGGAACUUCGAUGAAUAUAUCUCAACUCAAGAAAUCCAGACACAUCGAACGUGAAGCCGAUCUCUUAUACGACUUACGUCUAUGAGAUCAAAGGGCGGGGUCGGGCAUAUCGAUCAUACGAAGUUUUGGAAGACUGUCUGAUCAGGUUCAUAUGUUGUGGAGGUGUAUCAAGCUCUUGGAGAAUUUCUUCUUCUCUAAGCGGAGGGUAGUCGGUGUGGAUGGUGCUCAGAUGGAACUUGCAGGAGGAAACAGGCUGCUUCGACUCUGCGGAGUGCUGACAGCGCAAGUUUUAGCGUUCGUUGUAUACUACGAAAUUUACACGAUGUUUACAAGCACACACACCGUUCACCAUGUUGACAGAUUACAUUCAAGCAGCGACAUUAAAUAUCAGAGGAACUUGGAACCCGUGGCUUUUCAGCUUACAUUGAGCACACUUCUGGACCAAUCUAACUACGCAGACGAUCCUGCGACGCAGAUGUGGUUCUACGAUCACGUUUUCGACCAUCCUCAAGCAGAAUUACGAGUUCUUCAAACUUUAGAGCUCGACGGUGCGGCCCCAUUACUCAGCCGCAUGCGUCCUCGAGAUAGAGAUAUUACACUGGUCACACAGACUUCCGCAGAUCGGCUCAUGGCUGUGGAAAGGACGGCCAGAACAUGGACUGGAGAGAUGGUGGUGGCCGUGCAUGUGAUGGCGAGGAACGAGACCGAGUACGUGUAUAAGAAGCUUUCAGUUCUGCAUUGGAGCAUAGAAGCACUUGGACGUUGCCGACUGAACAUCUACUUUGCGAUGGAGGACGGGUUUGCAAGUCCCGAAGAGGCUGCAAAGGCGUUGUACCCGGUGAACGCUAUGCGCAACAUAGCUCUUCGGAUGGUGACGACAAAGCUCGUUUUCUUACUCGAUGCGGACUUUGUGCCUAAUCCAGGUUUGCAUGAGAGUUUGACCGAAGAUGAACAAACAUACCAGGAGAUUCUAAACAGGACCAUCGAAGAGCGACAACUACUAAUCACACCUGCUUUCGAGGCGGAUGUUUCAUCUUCGAGCAAUUCACGAAGUCCAAGCUUGGAAAUACCUACGACCAAGUCUGAUCUCCUGAGAGGCUGGAGAAACGCGAGCAUCGAUUGCUUCCAUUGCGCUCGUGCUCCUAACUGUCACAUGUCGACUAACUUCGAAAGAUAUUUCGAUCCUUCAACAAUCAGCCCUUACGCAGUCAAAUACAGGGAAUUCUUCGAACCAUAUUUCAUAGCCGCAAGGGAAUUCAUACCGCGAUUUGAUGGUCGCUUCAGAGGCUAUGGCAAGAACAAACAAUCACAUGCAUACCACUGUGCUGCUAUGGGCUUUCGAUGGAUGGUUUUGCCUGAGGCCUUCGUGUACGCAGUACCUCAUCCACAUUCUACAGCUUGGAAAGCCUAUACAGGAACGGAAACGAGACAGAAGAUGCAAAUCCAAGGACUUUACAACCGGUUCAAAAGGGAGGUGGAGCAGAAUUCGUAUACUUCUCCUUCAAUUCUAAGAAAAAAUUAAUGACAUGGAAAAGUUCUUCGUUGACCAAUACAUCACUUAGACAGUUUUCACAUCGGGUCACGCCCAGUCUGGUACAUCAGUGUAUAAAUGAUAAUUCUAAUCGCUGCAAAUCACCAAUCCUGUAAUAAAAGCCUUCCCAAUUCUAUAGCAGUAGAAGAAACAACAGCAUAUUCUUAAUGGACAUCAAUUUAAGUUUCUGAAGGCGUAUAAUUAUCAAAGCAUGCUAUCUGUCUGAAACGUUAAUAUGAUCAGCCUGAA